AUUUUCGAACGCAACGCACCUGCAUGCAAAACCACGUGCGUACGGAGCGAGCUCUGUCGCAUAACCUAACCUAACCUUAACCUUAACUUCUGUAAAAGCAGAUGAAGACUCGAUGAGUUUCGUUUUAAAUAAUAUUUCAAAAAUUUGAUAAAAAUUUUCAAAGAGGAUGAAUGUUAUACCCUGUAUCACGUGGGUGAGAAGAGGAGUCGCCGCAGCCGUUCCUGAAAAGGUCGAAUUAAAGGCCGACGAGCUAGAACAAAUUAUAAAAGAGACACAAUCUGCUUUAGAAGAUGAAGAUUCUGAUGAAGAGGCAAGUUCCUCGAAUACAAAAUCGAAUACAAAACAUACAGAAGAGUCUCUCGCAGCUGGCAUUGAUGAAUACAACUUUCAAGCUUAUGAUGAUGAAAAUGGCGAUAUGUAUUGCAACAUCACCACUUUAGCCAGCUUUGAUGGAAAAGAUCCUUUUAUAACAAAUGAUGAUGAAGAUUCAGAAAAAGAGGAUGACAUUAUCAAGGCUGAUGAUAAUCUGGUGCUGAUUGGCCAUGUUGAAGGAGAUGCUAGCAUCUUGGAAGUAUAUGUGUAUAAUGAAAGGGAAGGAUCUUUUUAUUGCCAUCAUGAUAUAUUAUUACCUUCAUUUCCAUUAUGUAUAGAAUGGCUCAAUUAUGACUUUGCAGAUACAAAACCAGGUAAUUUAUGUGCAAUUGGCAAUAUGACUCCCAUAAUUGAGGUAUGGGACUUGGAUUUGAUAGAUUGUUUAGAGCCAGCCUAUAAAUUAGGCUGUAAACCGAGUAAAAAGAAGAAGCAAAAGCGCGUUGGCCAUAGGGACGCAGUUCUAGACAUAGCAUGGAACCAGAAUUAUAUGCAUGUGCUUGCUAGCGGUUCGGUCGACCAAACAGUCUUAUUAUGGGACUUGGAAAAUUGUAAGCCCGUGACUAAACUAGAUUCGUUUAAUGAGAAAAUACAAGCAUUGAAGUGGCAUCCACAGGAAACCCAUCGAUUAUUGACAGGAUGUGCAGACAAAUUAGUAAGAUUAUUCGAUUGCAAGGAGGAAGCACUUGUACAAAGCUGGGAGGUAUCAGGAGAAGUGGAGAGGGUGUUGUGGAAUCAUUAUGAUCCAAAUUAUUGCAUUGCCAGCACAGAUAAUGGUUAUAUAGAAUACUUUGAUGUAAGAGGAGACAAGCCUUUAUGGCAAAUCAAGGCUCAUGAAAAAGAAGUUACAGGUCUUUCUCUUAGCACAUCAUGCCAAGGUCUGUUAGUUACUUGUUCAAACGAUGGUAUAACGAAGAUAUGGGAUCUUCUCGAUCAAACAGCUCCUAUUCUUAUAUGGGAACAGUCGAAUAAUUUAGGUGCUAUUCAAUGCCUCGCGUCAAAUCCCGAUAAUGGAUUCAUAUUUGUCGCUGGUGGGGAUAAUAAAGCGAACAAUAUUAAAAUGCUAGAUCUCAGGGAGAUUCCUACAGUGCAAGAGAGAUUCGCGGAUGCGGGACGUGUCGUGUCAAAUUCGGUAAUGGUAUUCAAACAGGAGAUAAUGGACGUCGCCAACGACAUGGAAGAUAUGGAAAUUGAAAAAAUGGAAUCAAGUGUGCGAAUUAAAAUAGAGAAAGAGGAAACUUUCAGGCAUAGUUUUCUUUCGCUAAUCUGUUUAAAUGUGAUCGCUAGAGGGAAAGUUUCGUCGCUUUCUCCGUGUAUUGGACGCGGGCACAAGUUGCUCGACAUGGAACCGUCGAACGGCAUAGACAAAUCAUGGGAUUAUCCCUGGACCACGGAAGAGAUGAGGAAAAAGAGGAGGGAGUGGAGUCUGGCGGGUGAUGUUGGACUUCUCAAGCAUCUUCAACAAUUUUCUGAGAAUCUGAUGUCUAGAGCCGACAAAACUCAAGCUGCUUUAGACACAUUAACGACACAAUUAAAAGAAACAGGGAUAUUAGUUGACAAUGUUACUAAUACAUCUUUGGCUUUAGCCAAUACUCAAUUUAUUGAAAGUCGUGUUCAGGAAGAUGACAUAGAAAUUAAGGAAAAUUCUGAGAAACAAGAAAAUGUGAAUAGUCAGGAUUUAGUACCAGAGAAUCUUCUAGCCAGCAUAAGUGAGAGUGUUAAGCAAGGUUUAAAUAUAAUGGAUGAAAAGUACAAAGUAAUGGAUGUGGCUUGUAGCGACAGCGAAGAGGAAGAUGAAGGCGGUGCAGUAGUAUUCAGUGUCAUUGUUGGGCCCAAUGAUCCUUACCAAGAUCGACCCCUACCAUACGUUAUUGGGUCCGACAAGUGGAUGGCGUCGAAUAAGAUAGGUUUAGAGAGCAGCAGCAGCGAAUCCGAACAAGCCGACGAAGAAAGGGAAGAAUCGGAAAGCGAGAAGGAGGACGCGAGUGUGCAAAAGAUGUUUAACAGUCGACAUAAUCCGGAUAUAAAUAUAGCGAGAUUGUCAUCGUCCUCUAGCGAUUCGGACAACUAUAAUGAUUCAAGUAAUGUACCUUACAUCAACAACAAGGCGGAUACGAUUUCUCAGAAUAAUUUAAAUUCUGCCUCGGAGUCCGUCACACCUAAUAAUGUAUCAAAGACGUCUAAUGAAACGGAGCCCAGUUUUGCAGAAGAGUUGGCCAAACGAUUAGGCACUGUUCGCCAAGCGCAGAAUCCUGUCGUUGUGGAUGAAACCAAUGAAUCGUCGAUCAAUCGAUUUAAAAGUGAUUUAUUUACAUCAGAGAAGGAUGAAAAUGUGUUUAAUGAUAGUUCAGAUAAUUUGUUCAGCAACAAGAAGGGUCUUUUUGAUGAUCAGGUGUCCGCAAACCUGUGGAAAGAGAAGUCGAUUAAAUCUUACAAGAGUAACAAUAUUAUACCACCCAGUAUUGACGUACCACCACCGAUUAAUAUAGUUUCAACGAAGCCAAAAUCGGCAAUCGAUGAUUUAUUUGCCGAUGCCGAUUCAGACGAAGACUCAGAUAUUUUCUCAUCCAGGAAUAUCAUCAAGAAACGCACGAAAGAACCCACCAUCGGUGAUAAUAUUCGCCCCGCAGCAAAGGGAUUUUUGAACGUCAUGGGGACUACCGGUAACAUCGCCACCAGCACGCCGGAAUCCAAUAUCAACGCCUCGGGUCUGUUCAACGAUGAUGAAAACGAUGUUGCGAAUCUGUUCGAAAGCCCCAAGAAGGAAUCUCAUAAAACUGGGGAUAAUCCUACAAAUACGAUUCAGGAAUCGAGUAAAAAAGAAUCGAUACUCGGCAAUGUUUUAUCGUCGGACAUCGAGAGCAAACUAUCGAGUCGAAUAAUGCAACGACGGCAGGAAUCAUCCGGCUCGUCGUCCGAUAGCGAUGUGUCAGGAAAUUGUGAUAGUGCGACAAAAAGCAACGCCGAGCCAGCGUCCGCAGAGAGAGACAUUUCAAAUGAUAACACUGCGAUCGCGAACCGCCGUUUGCAGAUCACGCCGGCCGAAAAUUCCGCGGAGAACGUACUCGUCGAAAACGUCAACAACAGCAGCGGAAUAUAUAUGCAACCGUCUAGCAUCGAUAACACUGUCGGGUCGGGUUUGUGGAUGAAUUUCCAGCCGGAGAUGAGUUCAACGAGGCUCAAAUCCGAGGAGAUCUACCGCGAACGUGUUACCAGUGACAGCCUCUUCGCGGCGCAAACACGCUAUCCCGCCAACCCGGCGAACGCUAACAGCAACAGCAAUAAUCAACAGCAGCAAUCACGACAGGAGCAGCAGGACAACUCGUCUUUGCUGCAGGACGACGUAUUCGAGAACGACGGUCUUUUCGGGCCGCCGCCGUUGCCCACUAAGUCAGACUCGAGACGAGCGCCAAAAUCGAAGAUCUCAUUGCUCUUUGACGAUUCCGAUUCCGGCGACGAGCUCUUUUCCGCCGCGAGCUCUGGUUCCAGAUCGCAAAAGAGCACGGAUUUUCUCGCCGCGGUAUCGUCAAGCGACAGGACGGCCAAGGCAACUCCGAAGAGUGGCGGCCUGUUCAACGACGAUAACAUAUUCGGCAGCAAGGACGCACCAGACAUUGAUAUAUUCGACGUUGCAUCAAAAUCAAGAUCGGCUUCGAACGAUUUGUUCGAUAGUCGCGGCCGGGAACAAUAUUCAGCAACGUCGAAGAGCAAUAACGUCGAUAAUUUACAAAACAAAAUGGAGUCCAAGAGGAUCAGUCUUUUCGACGACGACGACGACGGCGACGACGGCGACUUGUUCAGCGGCGCGAAACCAAUGAAACCGAAGAGCGACCGUAAGACUGAUGUUCUCUUCGAGGACGAGGAUGAUUUGUUUCUGUCAAUCAAGGCGAGCGAUAAGAGACGCUCCUCGAUAGAGAAAGAUGCAUCAGUUGAACCAAAAAUCGACGUCUCCAAAAAUGUUUCUAGUGUGGAAGUUGAAAAGAAGAGCAAAGAUGAUUCUUCGGAUUAUACGGGUGAACUGUUUUCGAAAACGACGAAAACCCAUAGCCUUCUGUUUGAGAAUGACGAUUACGACGAUCUGUUCGGCAAAAAGGACGCAGUGCCGCGCGAGGACGAUCGAUCGAAACCUGAAUCCAAAGAAAAAGUCAAGAAAGAUAUCAUCGAGAAGGUGCAAAAACUUUCUGAGCAAAAUAAAGAUUCGGAAUCUUCAAGUUUAAAUCGUGAUAUCAAGACGACUACGGAAUCCAAAAAUAUCGUCGCAAAGAGUGAUAUAAACGAGGAAAAGAAUAAAGCUGAAAUCGGAGAAACGUCCUCCAAAACUGACGAAGAUGGCAGGACAAAGAAGAAUUCACCGCCGAAAACAUUGAGCAUUUGGACGACUUCUUCGCCGCCAUCCGAAGAACAGAACGGCCAACAAGUUCACCGAAAAUCGGUGUCUGGUAAGAUAAAGAAUCUAAUGGGAAAGAUGGGCGACUUGAAAAUACUCUCGCCGAUGGAUGCACCGCCGUUAUGGAGGAAAAGCGAGGACAAGACGGAUGAAGACGAAGAUAUUGUGGAUAGAGACAAUGGAGAUCAGGGUGUCGGUGGAUACGUUUCGCCUCCUAGUGUGUCGGAAGGUAGCGCGUGCAAGGAGUCUUCUUAUUCGACAACAAUCUCCACCACCAGCAAUGUGGAAGUGGCUAUAAACUUCGACGAUCUGGCUCAAGUAGAAACAUUGUCUACUACCGCGUCCAAGAGCCGAGUAAGGAUUCAAGCAAAACGCCGUCCUCAGAGCCGGCACGCCCGGAAGUCCGCAUUGCGACACAGCGGCAUUGAUUUCGAUACGGUCGACAAUGCAGACAACGAUAACUCUUUGGACGAAAGCCACACUAGUACCUUAUCGUCUACCAAAGAUUUGUCCGCCGCUCCGGCAAUUAGCGCAACUGAUCGUUUGACCGCCAACAAUGCUCAACGCUCGACAAUCGAUCCUUCUUCCACAGAUGACAAGUCUGAGCUGGGUAGCAUUAGCAAGGAGAGCUCGAUGAGUGUGAACAAGAACACUCUAUUGUCGCCAUCCACUGACGAAGAAGAUCUGUUCGAUGUGCCGCCAGAUCUGCCGGAAGAUCCGCAAAGGGAGGAUACGUUGUUCGGUAGGGCACCGAUACUUUCGCCGAUUGACGACGGACAGUCUGACAGAACACCUGUUGCUGUCAAACCUCUAAUCGAUACUGUGAUUAGAAAGAUCGUCGAUAUCGAUAUGAACGCGGAGAAUAAGAAAAGUCCUAAACAAGAUUCUAGCGAAUUAACGGGAUCGGAUGUCAAUACCAAAUCGGACACCUUGAAGAACGCCAAGAAGAGGGAUGAUAAGCGUACAUUCAACGAAGAGCGAGAUGAAGUGAGUAGAGAAUCCAGCGAAGAACCGAGCGAUCCUCUGCGCGACAGCAGCCACGAUCCACUGAAAGAUCCUAGUCAGUUGUUCGCAUUCGUCACGAAGACGCCGUCGCCGGAGAAAAGCAAAGGAUUGCUGUUUUCCGAAUCGGACGAUAGUUUGUUUUUUAGUGGUUUAGCAAGAAAAUCGAGCGAGCCGAGCAAAAAGAAGACCCUGGAUCUAUUCGCGGAUGAUGAUGCGGGCGGCGACCUGUUUUCCGCGGCGCCGUUAAAGAAAACGGUGAAAAAAUCGUUGCGAGACACAAAGAUCAGUCUCUUUGGCGACGAUGAUGAUGUACAUAACGAGGACGAUAGUCUUUUCGGCAGCGCAUCCGGCAAAACAAAGCAAGACAGCCAAAAAUUAAAUUCUGUUCAAGCUGGACGAAAGAAGAACAUUUUUGACGACGACGAUGACGACGAUUCCAAUCUGUUUGUCGAAUCGUCCGGCCAAUCACAGAAAUCGGAUAGCACAUCGUUCUCGGAGCCCAAACACGAUCUCGCUGAUUCUCAAGCCAAGAACUCGAACUUGAAAGAUAUCUUUGGUGACGUGGCGUGCAACGCUUUUCCUUCUGGCGGAAAGGUCGACGACGAUGUCGAUCUUUCCGCCGCGAGAAAAGUUGUUCCUAAGAAAGUUGUCAAGUCCCUGUUUGCGUCAGAUGAUGAGGACGACGACAACGACGAUCAUAUCUUCGGCAAGCAGUCAUCUAUGUCGACAGACUCGAAGACGAAUGCGAAGAUGAGCGCGCCGAGUUCAAGAUCAGCCAUGAAGAAAUUGGUCACUAGGGACUUGAAGAAAACGGCUGAGAAGAUCGUCGAGGACCCGUUGAGUCUCCUUCAAGAUGACUAAAUGUGUUUUCUUAAGAUAAAUACCUGUGAGAUUUCUUAUAUGCUCAGCCACAAAAGUUUAUAUAUGCAUACACGUACAUCUAGGAAACUAAAGGAAGGGCUAAUAAAAUAUAUAUAUCUUUUGUAAUUACUUGUCACGCAUUUGAUUAAACACUUAAUUUACAUGAUAUUAAUUCAUCCAAUACACACUAAAAUCUUCAAUCCUUAGCAUGACAUAAUAUUCGAUUUUAUUGGGAAAAAAUCGAAGUUAGAUAAACAUAUGUAUAACAGCACUUUAUAUCUUUAACUAUUUUAUUCGCUUUAAUUGGUGAAAUAUUCGUGCAUACUAUUUUAAUACACUAAAUAGACUUUUGUGGCUUAGGCAUGUAUGUAUAUAUAUAUAUUUUUAUUUAUAUUUUGUUACGUCUCUCACAAAGUUGUUCUAUAAUAUGAAAAAGCCUGUAUUGAUAAAAAAUGGGUAGCGUGCAAUUCGUGAGAAAUAGAUAAUUUUGUUUCUCGGCUGUAUUUAUUAUUUUGCUAGCCAGAUCUGAAUUAUUCUUUUUUUUACACGUGCCACAUUAUAGAUCGUUUUAUCUUAUUUGCCGACGAAGAUUGCAAUAAAAUGUACAAGUAUUUCAAUUUUUAACAUUUAUUCGAUACACAACGAACAUAAUUAGUUUACACUCACAUUGUAAUUAAGUGAAAGUCUCACCUUAUUCGUGCAAUAUGUAUAUUUUUCUCUCUACUAUCGCUCUUCUUCAUUACGUGAAUAAAUUCGCCUCGCGCGCGCUUGUGAUUUACGUCAUGUAUAUAUCAUCCUGAUGAGUCAUAUACUUUAUUGUUACAAUAAAAUUUAUUCGAUGAU